GUCAACUACAUUUCCCAGAAUACUUUACUGUUCCUACGUCGACAAGAUGUCAGCGCCCUCAGAGUUCGUGUCCGGGGUUGUUUCAGCAGUGUGUUCGUUCAAAAUUACGGGAUUUUAAAUAUAUUAUAAUAUUUACUAUCCCGGAUUAUUUGCAACACACUCUCACAACAUAUAUUUUAUUUAUCUUUAUCAUGAUUUGGAAUUAUGAUUGUUUCUGUGGUCCAACGGUGGUGUGGAACUACACUGUCGCGAAAUAAUUUGCUUUUUAAAAUAUCGAGAAAGAAAACUCCAAGCUAUUGUAUGAGUUAUUCUAUGUUAAAACGUUACUGGAUGAAAAAACUGCCUGUUUUUUCGAGUAAUUUCAAACUGCAGCUUUCGAACUUCACCACACAAACUGACAAGGAGGUCAUUGAUUUAUCCAAAUUUCCCGUGGAAAGAAUCAGGAAUUUUUGCAUCAUUGCACAUAUUGACCAUGGAAAAAGCACACUGGCUGACAGACUACUUGAAGUGACGGGUGCCAUAGCAAAGACAGAAAAGAAUAAACAGGUUCUGGACAAGCUUCAGGUGGAGCGAGAGAGAGGCAUAACCGUGAAGGCCCAGACGGCUUCUUUGUUUUACACACACCAGGGCCAGCAGCACCUCCUCAACCUUAUUGAUACACCAGGUCAUGUUGACUUCAGCUAUGAAGUGUCUCGGUCCAUAUCUGCAUGUCAGGGUGUCUUGCUUAUUGUCGACGCCAAUCAGGGAAUUCAAGCGCAGACAGUGGCCAACUUCUACUUGGCUUUUGAAGCUCAGCUGGCAAUUAUCCCUGUCAUUAACAAGAUUGAUUUGAAAAAUGCGGAUCCGGAGAGGGUGGAGUCACAGAUUGAAAAAGUGUUUGAUAUUCCUCAUGAAGACUGCAUUCGGAUUUCAGCUAAAAUUGGUACAAAUGUUGAAAAGGUUCUCCAAGCAGUUGUAGAGAGAAUUCCACCGCCUGUGGCUAUUGUUCAUGAACCAUUCAAAGCACUAGUGUUUGACUCCAAUUUUGACCACUACAGAGGAGUAGUAGCUAACAUUGCUGUGUUUGCGGGCCAUGUCAAAAAAGGGGACAAGAUUGUGUCAGCACAUCUGGGCAAAGCCUACGAGGUCAACGAGCUCGGACUUCUUCGCCCUGAAGAGCAUCCCACACAGAAACUGUUUGCUGGACAGGUGGGCUACCUCAUAGCUGGGAUGAAGGAUGUAAAGGAGGCGCAGAUUGGCGACACUCUUUACCUCCAGGAGCAGCCAGUGGAAGCUCUGCCUGGCUUUAAGCCAGCCAAAGCAAUGGUGUUUGCCGGAAUGUAUCCAGUGGACCAGUCUGAAUACCCGGGCCUUCGUAGCGCCAUUGAGAGACUGACACUGAACGACUCAAGCGUCACAGUGCAAAGAGACAGCAGUUUGGCCCUCGGAGCCGGUUGGAGGCUGGGUUUCCUGGGACUUCUUCAUAUGGAGGUGUUUAAUCAGAGGCUGGAGCAGGAAUACAAUGCCUCUGUUAUCAUAACAGCACCAACAGUACCUUAUAAGGCUGUGCUCUCGUCAGCUAAAGCCAUUAAGGAACAUGGGAGGGAGGAGAUUACAGUUGUGAACCCAGCCCAGUUUCCAGACAGAUCUGUAGUGUCUGAGUAUUUGGAACCAAUGGUGGUGGGGACUAUUUUGGCACCUGACAUAUACACCGGCAAAAUUAUGACUCUCUGUUUGAAUCGUAGAGGCAUCCAGAAUAAUAUGGUGUAUGUGGAUGACCAUCGUGUGAUGAUGAAAUAUCUCUUCCCUUUAAAUGAAAUUAUUGUGGAUUUCUAUGACCUCCUCAAGUCACUUUCUUCUGGAUAUGCCAGCUUUGAUUAUGAAAAUGCAGGCUACCAGGCAGCUGAACUUAUAAAGAUGGAUAUUCUAUUGAAUGGUCGCCCGGUGGAAGAACUCACCAUAAUUGUGCACAGAGCACGAGCGUACAGCACAGGAAAAGCCAUAUGUGAGCGACUCAAAGAUUCUAUUCCAAGGCAGAUGUUUGAGAUUGCUGUCCAAGCAGCUAUCGGAAGUAAAGUCAUUGCGAGAGAGACAAUAAAGGCAUACAAAAAAAAUGUCCUGGCAAAAUGUUAUGGAGGUGACAUAACACGCAAGAUGAAACUUCUGAAGAAGCAGGCCGAAGGCAAAAAGAAGAUGAGGCGUAUUGGCAAUGUGGAAGUUCCCAAAGAUGUUUUUGUUAAUGUUCUGAGGAGGAAAGACAAAUAAACUAAAAACUGUAACUAUACCGUAA